CAAAGGUAGCCUUAAAAGCUGACUGUACUGUACCUUUAAGGCUAUUACAGUAGUGUUGUUAAUCUGCCAGAGCAAGCAGUAGUGCUGGUUAGCUACUUUGAUUGGCAGACUCGCUAGCCCCCACGGUUGUGACAUCAGAAGAGUAAUAACAAGGGUGCAUCACACCAAAAGAGUUGCUCUGCAUGAAACUAUUCUAAUUCACAGAGUACAGGAGCGGUAGUAGCAGUAAAAGCCAGAGGGCACAAGCAACUUUUACUUAGUGGCUCAGCGCGAACUUCGGCAAAGAACUUACUGGUGUUUUAUUGUGUGAUCACGAAAGUUAAAGUGAACUUUUGGUGUUCGGUAGAAAAGAAAAGUUUUUCUUUUUUUAUUUUGUUGUCGUUCUCUACAGUAUAUGCUUGAUUUACAGGAGCUCACCGCUUAAACUAUGUGGAAGAAGUGGCAGACUGCACUUCCCAGUUCUCGUGUUUUAAGCCCAAUAGCCAUAGAGAAUAAACUCUGGAAUAAUAUUAAGUGAUGUGGAAAGAACAGGGCGCGAGCAGAAACCCACGGUCAAACACUAGCGCCCGUCGGCGCAGGUACCCUUCAGCGCUCGCCGGUCACCGGGCAGCAAUAGCUCCCUGUGGAGGAGGGCACUUCCCACGAGCUUGGGACCGUGGGGGGAGUUGUUGUUCGACCUCUCUUCCACAAGUCGUCUGAAAGAAGUCAACCGGCUUGCUGAAUUGGUGUUAACAUAUAUUCGUGCUGCUUCUGUGAGGUGGCGGCCGAGUCUCUUAAGGAUUGGGAAACACCUUGGCUGUGAAGUUUUACAGUAACCUGUGAGAGACGGGAAAAGUGACUUCUAAUAGAACACUCUGGUUUGAGAACUCGGGCGGGGGCUGCUGGUAACUUUACUUUACUUUGAAAUAACUACUUGUAUCUCAGUUGCGCAGUUUGUCUUCAUUCCUAUUGUUCUCCCAUGUGGACUUUUCUCCAAUGGACGUGUCAGUGUGUGCUUCCUAGAAGAACUGCUGUUUCUUAAAGUCUGAUCAUGGUAUCCAGUGCACCCUCCCUCUUGCUGCUGUGUGUCUAUCAGGUCAUUUUGGAGGGCUGUGUUGGCCUUAUACCUGAGGUUGGGCGCAGAAGGUUUGCAGAGUCAGGCCGCACAAGUCCUCAGCAGACCGAGGAGAUCUUAAGUGAGUUUGAGCAGAGGCUGCUUCACAUGUUUGGCUUGAAGAAAAGACCAAACCCAAGUAAGAAUGCAGUUGUGCCCCAGUACAUGAUGGAACUUUACCGUUUGCACUCUGGCGAAGGGAGUAACCUAGCCUUUGACCAGCAGCUUGAGCAAUCUGCUAGCAGAGCUAACACCAUCAGAGGAUUUCAUCAUGAAGAAUAUAUGGAAGAGCUUCCUGAAGCAAGUGAUAAAACAGGAGUCCACGUUUUCUUUAAUUUAACCUCAGUCCUUGAUGAAGACUUUGUCACAUCAGCACAACUUCGCAUCUUUCGGGAAAAGAUUGAGGAUGCUGUUUCAAGUAAUACUAGCAGUCAGCACCGAAUUAAUAUUUAUGAAGUUUUAAGACUGGCUGAUUCCAGUUCUGUCGACUCUAUUACACGGCUGUUGGAUACGCGGCUGGUGCAUCAAAAUGAAACUAAAUGGGAAAGUUUUGAUGUGACACCAGCUGUUACUAGAUGGAUAAAGCAUGGGCAUACCAACCGUGGACUUCUUGUUGAGGUGGUUCAUGUGAACAAUGACAAAAGUGUUUCCAAGGCACAUGUUAGGAUUAAGAGAUCCUUGCACAGAGAUGACAAAAGUUGGCCUCAUGUGAGGCCAUUAUUAGUAACUUUUAGCCAUGAUGGCAAAGGACUUCCUCUCCAUAAAAGACAAAAACGCCAGUCAAAAGUGAAGCCAAGGAGAAAGACCAAAGCCAAUUGCAGAAGGCAUCCUUUGUAUGUAGACUUCAGUGAUGUUGGUUGGAAUGAUUGGAUUGUUGCUCCACCAGGCUAUCAUGCAUUUUACUGCCAUGGGGAAUGCCCGUUUCCUUUGGCAGACCAUUUAAACUCAACAAAUCAUGCCAUUGUCCAGACUUUGGUUAAUUCGGUCAAUUCAAACAUUCCUAAGGCAUGCUGUGUGCCGACAGAACUCAGCGCUAUUUCAAUGCUAUACCUUGAUGAAUAUGAUAAGGUUGUUCUAAAAAACUAUCAAGACAUGGUUGUGGAAGGCUGUGGCUGCCGUUGAGGCACUAUUGUAUCAAAGGAGAACAGACUGACACUUUAUUUCUCAAUGAAGACUUUAUUUAUAUAUGACAUUUGAAAAAAAGAACAGCUAUUUUGAGAAAAAAAUAUUAUAUAUAUUUAUGUCUGCUAGAAUAAGAUUGAAAAAUAAAUAUUUUAAUCAGAGAGUUAUUCCUUUUAAUUUGUUUAAAUAUAUUGUUGUACAUUUUGUAUGGGGUUAUGGCCCAGCACAUGAAGUAUAAUGCUGAGAUUUGUAUUUUGUAUUUAUUUACUAUCAUAACCACUUUUAGAAAUAUAGUAAAUUUGUAUUUAUGUUGUAAUCUGAAAUAUAGGUGUAUGUAAAUAUUUUCUUAGGUUAUGAUCAAGUGUAUUUAAGGUGAAUACUAUACAUUACAAAGUUACUAUGGCAACUAUGCUUAGGGCAUUUGCUUUCUGCCAGUCUGCUGUUACAGUCUUCAGUACUUUCGAGACAAACUGGUACUAAUACUAUUUUAAAGGCUAUUUAUUGUGUGCUGCUUGCUGCAGUGUGGGCAACCCUUUUUAUAAUGACUAGUGUCUUAUUAGAUCAUGUCCAGAUAUUUCACUAGAAUUAAGCUUGAAUUACCUGUUUUUCCUUUUUUUUUUAAAUGGUCCACAAUAGGAGCUAGAAAGGUACUCUAGUAUAAACUCUCUUCGACUUCCCUUUUUCUGCCUCAUGCCAAGUCAGUAAUAACAGCAUAAAUCCUCCUUCCUGUCCUUCGCCUUUGUGAAAUGUAUGGAAACUACCAUUAUUUUGUGUACACUGUAUAUUGUUACUCUAUUUAAAAAAAAACUUGUGUAUUUAUUUUUAAUACUGAAUAAUGACAAGAUGCUAUGCUACCUAAAUAGGGACUUGUGCUUUGGCAGAUCUUUUCUUUCUUUAGUCUGCUCUGCGUGGAGUGAGAGGAAUUGUAACAUGUCUUCAGUUAAUUUUUCACAUGGUCAGAAUCCUAGCAAGUAGUGUGGUACUGAUGGUUUAAAGGAAAGUGUCUUGUUCCCUCUCAAGCAUCCUGUCAGCCAUUUAAUUGGAGGUAAGGUAAGCUGAGAUGAAGAUAUGUUUUAGUUGCUACAAAGUCAUAUUAUGGCAGUGUUCAUUUAACUGGGCACUGUUAACACGGGGUUUAUUUGCCUCGUAGUUAAGUGGUGUAAGCCAUAGCUUAUAUGUGAAUAAGAUACCAUUAAAUUAUGUUAGAUGCUUUGCUUAAAAAAACAAAAACAAAACUCCUAACAUACUGCAAUAUGUUAUAUCAGUGUAGUAACAUAUUUAUCUUUCCAGGUGCACACUGUAAUCCUUCUGUUCAAAAGUUGUUCACUUUUUUUAACACCACUGAAAAAUUCUUCUAGAGUGAUUCGAGUUUGAUUUUUGUGGGUUUCAGAAUGGCAUCCUAGUAUGUUCCCUGAUUUAUUUCUUUUAAAGCACUGUUAAUGUUUUUAUGACCUCAUAUGACUGAGCUUUUUAUUUUCCUUGGCAAAGUAAAACAUCUGUGAUCCUCUUAUGAUUGUAUCCCUUAUUUCCUCAUUUAUGUAUAAAAAUAUUUGUUUUGAGUUGACCUGCUUCACUUGUAUUGACAUUUACGUUUCUAUCUUGAUUUCAUUAUCUGCCAUCAGUAUCAUUUUAAAUUUGUGCCUGCUGUUUAAAGCCAAUGUUUCACAUUGUAAUAUUGAAUGCCUGUGCAGAGUAAACAGAAAUACAAAAGUAAAAACAAA